UUCUGUUCUCUGACUGACAGCGGCACCUCAGCUGGUACGGAACCGGAGGCAGCGUGCUGGGUGGCUCUGAUCGGUCUGUCAAUGAUGUUGAGAAUUACGAUCCAAGCAGAUGUAGGAUCCUUUUGGUUCUUGUUCUGCGUCAUCUACACUCAGGUUCUGGCCGGCUCCUCAGAUGACAUCGUGGUGGCUUGUGGUGGAUUUGUAAAAUCCGACGUUGAAAUCAACUACUCCCUGAUCGAGAUUAAACUGUACACUAAACAAGGCUCCUUAAAGUAUCAGACUGACUGCGCUCCGAUCAAUGGGUACUUCAUGAUCCCCCUCUAUGACAAGGGAGACUUUGUUUUAAAGAUCGAGCCUCCUCUUGGCUGGAGCUUCGAGCCAACCAGCGUGGACCUGCAUGUGGAUGGUGUUAGUGACAUCUGCACCAAAGAAGAAGACAUCAAUUUUGUUUUUACAGGCUUCUCGGUCUCAGGAACGGUUCUGAGUAAGAGCCACCUCCUGGGCCCCGCUGGAGUCGAAGUCAAACUGAGCCAGGCGGGAUCAGAAGAGAAAGUCAGGAGUGUUUUCACACAGCCUGGAGGGAAGUACACCUUCUUCAAAGUGCUGCCUGGAAGUUAUGAUAUCACAGCCUUCCAUCCCUCCUGGUCUCUGGAGAAGAGUAAGACCGCUGUGCACGUCUCCAAUGCCAACGCUCUGGCCGCCGAGCAUCUGGUGGUUGGAGGCUACGACGUCUCUGGGGAGGUCCGCAGUGAUGGAGAGCCCAUGAAGGAGGUCACCUUCCUGCUGUACUCGGCCACGGUCAGGAAAGAGGACAUCAGUGGCUGCAACAUGUCGCCGGUGGACGGAGCGGAUAAUGAGGACAGAUCCCUCGUCUACCUGUGCAGCACUCAGUCGAAGAACGACGGCACCUUUACUUUUCCUUCGCUGACCAGCGGCGAGUACACCGUGGUGCCUUUCUACAGAGGAGAAAGGAUCACUUUCGAUGUUGCUCCCUCCAGGAUGACUUUCAAGGUGGAACACAACAGCUUGAAACUCGAGCCCAUCUUCCGUGUGAUGGGCUUUUCUGUGACGGGCCGAGUGCUGAACAGUGCCGACGGAGAGGGCGUGGCAGACGCCACCGUCUCGCUCAACAAUCAGAUUAAGGUUGUCAGUAAGGAGGACGGCUCCUUCCGGCUGGAGAACAUGACGGCCGGCGUCUACACCAUUCGCGUCACCAAGGAGCUGAUGCUCUUCGAGACGGUCACAGUGAAGAUCGCCCCCAACACGCCCCAGCUUCCCGACAUCAUCACAGCGGGGUUCAGUGUUUGUGGCCAGAUCUCCAUCAGCCGCCUGCCUGAGGGCAUGAAGCAGCAGGGGCGCUACAAGGUCACUCUGACCCACAAGGCUCUCAGCUGGACCACCGAUUCGGACCCUCAGGGGGCCUUCUGCUUUCAGGCCAAACCUGGGAACUACAGCGUCCAUGUGUCGCUCCCCGAAGCGGAGGUGAAAGCAGGCCUGGCCCUCCAGCCUCAGGCCCUGGAGGUCUCGCUCAUAGACCGGCCGCUCACAGACCUGCUUUUCACCCAGUUCAUGGCUUCUGUCUCGGGAAAAGUUUACUGCCUCGCUUCCUGCGAUGAUCUGGCUGUAACCCUGCAGCCAGUGAGCCGGCAGGGAGAGAGAAAGACGGUGGCUUUGGCUGGCAGUGCCGACAUCCUGAGCUUCAACUUUGACAAUGUUAUGCCUGGAAAAUAUAAAGUGGGUAUUUCUCACGAGGAAUGGUGCUGGAAGCAUAAAUCCCUGGAAGUGGAGGUUCUGGACUCGGAUGUCUUGGGCGUCGAGUUCAGACAGAUCGGCUACAUCCUGCGCUGCUCCCUGUCCCACGCCAUCACUUUGGAGUUCUUCCAGAUGGCGGCAGGAACCCGGCGUCGGCGGCCAGCACGGCGCCAAAGGAGUCAAUCGCUUCUGCCUCUCCAAGCCCGUAAGUUCUCCUACUGGGCCAGGGCUGGAGAGAAGAUCACAGUCACUCCCUCCUCCAAGGAGCUGCUGUUCUACCCGCCUGAAGUGGAAGCAACUAUAACAGGGGAAACGUGCCCCGGUCGGCUGGUGGACAUCGUUGGACGCGCUGGCCUCUUCUUAGAGGGCAGAGUGUCUCCGGAGCUCCAAGGUGUGGAAAUAUCCAUCACAGAGAGAGGCGCUUCUGUGCCGCUCAUUACUGUGGCCACUAAUGAGAUGGGAGCCUACAGCGUUGGCCCGCUCCACAGCGACCGGCUGUACGACAUCAAGGCCAGUAAGGAGGGCUUUGUCCUGAGUCCGGUAGAGGGAACCCCAGGAGACUUCAAGGCGUUUGCUCUGGCCGGUGUCACCUUCAAGAUAAUAUCAGAGGAUGGACAGCCGCUCUCUGGAGUGCUUCUGUCUCUGAGUGGAGGGCAUUUCCGUUCCAACCUUUUGACCCAGGACACCGGUCUUCUCACCUUCAACAACCUGAGUCCAGGCCAGUACUACUUCAAGCCGAUGAUGAAGGAGUUCCGCUUUGAGCCGGCGUCUCAGAUGAUCACAGUGGAGGAGGGUCAAAGCCUCAGCAUCGAUAUUACGGGCAUCAAGACCGCUUACAGCUGCUACGGAGCGGUGCAGUCCCUGAGCGGCGACGCGGAGCGAGACGUGGCCGUGGAGGCGGUGGGUCAGGGAGAAUGCAGCCUCUACAGCGAGGACACUGUCACAGACGAGGAGGGUCGAUUCAGACUCAGGGGUCUGCUGCCGGGGUGUAAAUAUCUGAUACAGCUUCGAGCCGAGGGCAACGACCACAUAGAGAGGGCACUGCCUCAGCACAGAGCGAUAGAGGUCGGGAGCAGCGACAUUGACGGGGUCAACAUCAUCGCCUUCAGGCAGAUCAAUCAGUUCGACCUCAGCGGGAACAUCAUUACGUCUCCCGAACAUCUCCCGACGCUCUCGGUGAAGCUGUUCAAGAGCGACAAUCUGGACAACCCAAUCAACAGCGUCUCUCUGGGACAGUCUCUCUUCUUCCACUUCCCCCCUCUGGAUAGGGACAGCGAGAGCUAUGUGCUCAUGCUGUACUCCACCCUGUCCCGCUCCCAGUACGAUUUCACUCUGCCUCAAGUCUCCUUCACUUCCACUGGAUACCACAAGCACGUCACCCUCACCUUCAACCCCACUCGCAAAGUGCCCGACCAGGAUGUUGCACAGGGCUCCUACAUCGCUCUGCCUCUCACCUUGCUCCUGCUGAUAGCGGCGUACAACCACGAGAAGGUGAUUCCCCUCCUGAUGCAGCUCAUGAGCCGCUUCCAGGGAGUGAGGAGUAUGGCCCAGGCCAGCGCCGACAGCGCUGCGCUGGAUGAAGCCAAACGUCAGGCCAAGAGACAGAAAGCCAGGCGCACGUGAGGCGGGCCCCGCCCUCACGUCUUCAUCCCCUAAACUGAUCACUAGCGAUUGGUGACCUCAGAAACCAAAGAGGACACACUGCACCAGCGUUUACACCGAAGCGUUGGCGUGCUAGUGAACUGGUUAGCAUGACAAGGUGUAAUUAAUAAAAGCAAAACAUCUGAAAAAAAAGCACACACAAAAAAAAAGAAACAAAAAAACAAUAUGCAUUACCACCACUUUGUCAGCCAAUCAGAUUCACUGGACUGAAAGAUGAAGUUUUAAUUUGUUUUUGUUUUUUUUCCCUACAAGAGGGAUUGCCCAGUAUAUCUGAUCACAUUUGUAAGAAAACCUUUUUUUUUUUAUACGUUUGUAAUUUCUCAAGGCCAACAUGUGUGUUUGAAAGCUCUUACCUGCCUCUUAUAUGGGCCCUCAAUCCAUUUAGGAGGCUCAGAUGUCGCGUGUCUGUUGCGGCUGAGGUCAGUUCAGAUACAACACAGUUCUUUUAAUCUGAAUCAAAUCAUUUCACGUCUGUAGCUGUGUGUGUAGGUGUUUUGCUGUAAGCUGAGCUGAAUCUGCUUAAACGGAUAUCAAGUCCUCUAAAAUACUGUAACGCUCCACCGCUGAUGGUGUUCUCGUCUCCGAAGGCGAGUCGACCUUCACUGCAAGUCCAGUUCUUGAAACAGCUCAGGAUGGGAGGGAUGAACAGAAUGCUGGACAUUUUCUGUAUUUCUUUCUUUUCUUUUUUUUUUUGUUUUGUUUUUGUGGAUAUUUUUUAUUAAAUAACAGGUUGGGGGAGCGGGGUAUGGGGACUAAUGGCUGAUUAAUUUAUUAACAUGUUUAAUCGGAUGUAAAUGAUGACUAGCUUUCUUUUCGGUGCAGUUUGUGUGUGAUAAUCUAGUUUUAAACGAGAUCAAUGAAGAGUUAAAUAUUACAGUGAGUUAAUGUGAAUCUCUACAAAUGGCCUGUCACAACAACAACUCAGAAUAGGGAACGAUUAGAAACAGUUCUCAGCUCAGAGCCGGGAAGAGCUUUGAAGCUCAGUGAUUUUUCUGUUUUGAAUUUAUUUGCUGUCUGGUGAGGCUCACGUCACUCGAGGAUGAAUCCUGCUGAGCCAUAUUUAGACAGCUGGUUGAGGAGAAGACGGGGAGGGGAGUGAUUAUAGCUUUCAUUUGUUCACGGUCUUCUAUUUUUCAUUUUUGUUUGUUUUGACAAAAUUAAUAAAGUUUGACUGGAAAGAGA